AGAAGAAGAAGAAGAAGCAGAAGCGUAGAAGAAGAGGAACGCUCUCAUAACUGAUGAACCAGUAAACGUACACAGCUCGUACAGCUGCCUGUAUUUGUUGAUUUGCUAAACACGUCUGUUCCUGUGAACACGGCUCUUUAAGAGUCUGAUGAAGCUGAUGUUACUGUAGAUAUUGCUGUCGUUGGUUAUAAGCUGGUUGAUGAAAUAGAGCUAGGCUAACUGUAGGCUAACGCUACUUAGCUUAGCCGCUCAGAUAGCCGUUAGCUUGUUCAGUUAUUCAGAGAGGAAAAGGUUUGCAUCAAAACAGAGAAAAAGGUCGAUUAAGCAUGGCGCUGAAGUCUGGAGAGGAGCGUCUGAAGGAGAUGGAGGCUGAGAUGGCUCUCUUUGAGCAAGAGGUUCUCGGUGGUCCUGUACCAGUAACAGGAAGCCCACCUGUCAUGGACGCUCUACCAGUGGCUCUCUCUGUUCCUGUGGUGCGACCGAUUAUUGGAACCAACACCUACAGACAGGUUCAGCAGACGUUAGAAGCUCGAGCUGCUAGUUUUGUUGGUCCUCCACCUCCAGCCUUUGUUGGACCAGUCCCUCCAGUUCGUCCUCCCAUGAUGAGACCAGCCUUUGUCCCCCACAUCCUGCAGAGACCUGGUGGUCAGAGGCUGCCGAUGAUGCGCGGCCCCCCCAUAGCCCCUCCCCUUCCUCGGCCUCCUCCCCCUCCUCCCAUGAUGCUCCCUCCUACGCUGCAGGGUCAGGCGCCUCCUGGAGCUCCUCAGCCUAUCCAGCACAUGGCCGCUCCCGCACCUGCACCUCAGGUCAGUGAGAUGGUGCCAAUCGUGUCAGCCCCUCCCUCCAACAAACCGACACCGUCGAUCAUCCAGGCCGCUCCAACAGUCUACUCGGCUCCUCCUGCUCCUGUCAGACACAAAGGGAUCGACGUCAGAGCUCAGAGACAGGCUAGAAUGGAGGAGCUGGCGGCGAGGGUUGCAGAGCAGCAGGCUGCAGUGAUGGCUGCAGGUCUGCUGGAGAAGAAGGAGGCUGAAGAUAACAGCGCUGUCAUCGGACCGAGCAUGCCCGAGCCUGAACCCCCCCACCCUGAGCCUGUAGAGAGCGCCGCAGAGGAUAAGAAGAAAGGAAAAGUGGAGAAAGUGAAGAAGUGCAUCAGGACUGCAGCAGGAACCACCUGGGAGGACGCCAGUCUGCUGGAAUGGGAUUCAGAUGAUUUCCGUAUUUUCUGCGGUGAUCUUGGUAAUGAAGUGAACGAUGACAUCUUGGCCCGAGCCUUCAGCAGAUACCCAUCUUUCCUCAAAGCUAAGGUGGUAAGAGACAAACGAACAGGAAAGACGAAAGGUUACGGCUUCGUCAGCUUCAAGGAUCCAAACGACUAUGUCAGAGCCAUGAGAGAGAUGAACGGGAAAUACGUUGGCAGUCGGCCCAUCAAGCUGAGGAAGAGCAUGUGGAAGGACCGAAACAUCGAGGUGGUCCGCAAGAAACACAAAGAGAAGAAGAAGCUGGGCCUUAGAUGAUAAGUGGGAGUCUGUUAGUGUGAUUGUGCUAUCGCCCCCUUGUGGAGACUGUUAGUCUGUCCAAUCAGGAGGCUGUCUGAGCUUGUAUAAAGGUUACUUUAUCUUCAUUAAAUAAAAUCCUCAUUUCUAAA